UUCAGCUUUCUCUCUCACUUAUUUAUUUUCCCGGAAAACAAACACACACACUACCCAUUUUCCCAUCUAUUCAUGAUUAAUACAUGUUUGUUAGUAGUACCAUUACCAAAGACCAAGAAAAAACCCAAAGACCAACAAUUCCAACCAUAAUCGAAAAAAUCAAACAAUUUUCUCUUCUUUCCAAUCAUCCCUUACCUUCCAUUCUCAUCAAAGUAUCAAACUUUACCCUCAUUUAAGUCUCAUCUCAACCGCCAUUGUUGUUUCACCAAGAUCUACAAAACCCCACUUCACUAAACUCCUCACUAACCCUUUUCUCUUAUGCCAAAACCUUGUGAAGAAGAAGAAGAUGGAUCUGAUUCAAACACACUCAAAAGCUUCAAGCUUUAUCUCAAAUGGCCAUAUUUAGGCAUACCCAUUAACCCAUUCGCCGGGGAUUUCUUCUCACCGAUGAAGAAUCGUUCAGUUAGACCCCUUUUCUCCAUUUUACUCCUUAUAGUCUUUGCUGCCACUCUAAGCUGUAGAACAGCCUUUCAAGAUAGUACCUUUAGUCUUCUCAUUUCAAUCUCAACUCUACAACCUCCACCGCCGCCGUUGCCGGUGCCGGAGAAAGCUGUUGUCUUUAAUGAAACAUUGUUGAAAUAUGCUUCCAUUGAUAUAUCUGAAGCUCAAUCAAAGAAGGAGAUUGAUCAAUUAUUGGAGGGUGAUUUCAAUAGUCUUGGAAGGUACAAAGCUUUUAACCGUUGGAGAAGAUUUAAUCAUAGAGAUAUUAGAGCUAAAAGAAUCUCAUCAAAUGGGGUUCCUUUAGUUCUCCAUUCACCAAAUUUCUACAGACAUUGGUUGAGUUUCAGAAGGGUUUUACAUGAUUGGGCAAGAAGUAAAAGAUUCCAACCUCAAAUCAUGUCUGAGCUGGUUAAAUUGGUGAAACAACCAAUUGAAAAGGUUCAAUCUUUAAACCGGUAUUCAUCUUGUGCUGUAGUUGGGAAUAGUGGGAUUUUGCUAAAGAGUGAUUAUGGUAAGAUUAUUGAUAGUCAUGAAGUUGUGAUUAGAUUAAACAAUGCUAGAAUUGAAAGCUAUGAAUCCAAAGUUGGGUCUAAAACAAACAUGUCUUUUGUUAAUAGUAACAUUCUUCAUCUAUGUGCUAGAAGAGAGAGUUGUUCUUGUCAUCCUUAUGGAGAAAAUGUUCCUAUAAUUAUGUAUAUUUGUCAACCAUUACAUUUCUUGGAUUACAUUGUUUGUAACUCUUCACAUAAAGCUCCUUUGAUGGUUACAGAUGCUAGUUUUGAUGUGCUUUGUUCUAGGAUUGUUAAGUAUUACUCUUUGAAGCUUUUUUCUGAGAAGAACAAAGGGAAGUCUUUGGAUCAAUGGGCACCAGCACAUGAUGGUGCUUUUUUCCAUUACUCAUCUGGUAUGCAAGCUGUUAUGAUGGCUUUAGGGAUUUGUGAUAAAGUUAGCAUUUUUGGGUUUGGGAAAUCAGAUUUGGCUAAACAUCAUUAUCAUACUAAUCAGAAGGCUGAGCUUCAUUUGCAUGAUUAUGAAGCUGAGUAUUGUUUUUAUCAUGAUUUGGUUAAGAGACCAAAGGUAAUACCUUUCAUCUCAUCAAAUUUCAAGAUUCCUCCUGUGGUUUUAUAUCAAUGACACAAUGAUAGGAAGUGAUCCCCUUUUUUCUUGGGAAGUGUUUGCUUUAGAUUGUUUUGUGUAAUGUGUUGUUGUGUUCCUUUGUGUUGUAAUUUGUAAUAUGUUGAAUGGAAGGAAGGAACAAUCAAAGGGGAUAGAAAGAAAGAAAUUGUUGAACUACUACCAUUUAUUUGACCCUUUGUACUAUCAAAGAUAGUCAUUUUGGGGUUAUUACCAAAUGUAAAGUUGGAUUUUAUGAAUAUGGUUCUCUCAUUUAUUUUAUAAGAUCAAGAUUUUCUUCUGUA